CCGUGCUCUGUUCCCGUCCUCUCUACCCGUGUCCCGUGCUCCGUUCCCGUCCUCUGUACCCGUGUCCCUUGUCCCGUUCCCGUCCUCUGUACCCAUGUCCCUUGUCCCGUACCAGUGUUCCGUGUCCCGUACUCGUACCAGGUUCAGAUUGUCCUCUCUGGCUAUUCACGUAAUGCAAACCUGCUGCAGGUUUUUAAAGGAAAAGCAUACGCAUGUAGAACCAGGUGAAGGAUCUGCAUCAUUUAAUGGUUUCUAACUUAACCUGUGAGAGGGUUCAACACUCUGCCUCUGUUCCUGAGCAGCCGGUGGUGAAGUUGGAGGAGGAGGAGCUGUCGGAGCUGCAGCUGCGCCUCCUCGCUCUGCAGUCGGCCAGUAAGAAGUGGCAGCAGAAGGAGCAGCAGGUGAUGAAGAAGAGCAAAGAGCGGAUCACUAAAGUCCAAGAGAAGAGCUCCCCUCCUCCCAGCAGGCAGAGGGUCACCACCAGGUCCGCCUCCGCCGCUGCCGCUGCAGAGAGGAACCGAACCAGGUCCAAACCUCUGGACAGGGACCGAGACAGAACCAAGACCGUCCCCAGACCGCCUGACAGAGACAGAGAGAGACCCAAAGCCAGUCCUAAACUUGGUCCCAAGGCUCUGCUGGAGAGAGGCCGAGGUCCAGGGAAAGCCCACAUGGCCAAGAAGAUGAUAAGUCCAGGCUCGGUGGCGAAGCAGGCGUUCAGGAAGCAGCAGCUGAGGACGUGGAAGCUGCAGCAGCAGAGAGACCAGGAGGAGAACCGGAGACAGGAAGAGGAGGAGAGACGCAAACGAGAAGACGAGAUCCGACGGAUCCGAGAUCUGUCCAAUCAGGACGAGCAGUACAACCGCUUUAUGAAGCUGGUGGGGGGGCAGACGAGGACCCGCAGCAAAUCCAGAGAUGGAGAACACAGGAAGUCUGCCGGUAAGCAGGGACCGGACGCCUCUGGGAACCUGUACCAGUACGACAACUAUGACGAGGUCGCCAUGGACACGGACAGUGAGACGGGAUCACCAGUGGCGUCACCGAAACAUCAGCUGACCUCAGAAGAUCCAGCAGGUUUCCCUCAGAUGUCUCCUUAUGUCCCCGACUGUCUUCAGUUUGGACUGCCGUUUCUCUCCCCCAUGAUGUCGGUGGUUCCUCCCCCACCUCCCCCUCUCCCCCCACCACCAGACGAGCCGGAGCCUCCUCCCAAACCUCCCUUUGCUGAUGAGGAGGAGGAGGAGGAGAUGCUGUUGAGGGAGACGUGUCUGAUGUCCAUGGCCAACAAGAGGGUGACGUCCACAGAGGGCACCGGUUCUAGUGGUCCUCCGUCUCCCACCGGUCCUCCGGUCCUUCAGCAGCCAAUCAGAGGGAACCUGAGCACCGUCAGUCUGAACACCGUCACCCAAUCACGAAGCAGCAAAUUCAGCAGAGGACACCACGCUGCUAGAGCUCCACUGGUGCUCCCCAGACACAAGUCCGUGGUGGUUUCUCUCAUCGACUCAGACGACAGUGACUCAGACGUGGACCAAUGCAGCUCCUCUCAGACCUUUGGAGGACUGGAGUCCAUGAUCAGAGAGGCUCGGAGGACAGUGGAGGCGGCGAAGCCUAAAGCGGCAUCGGGCUGUGAGAAGGAGAACAACCCGGUCAGGACUCCUGAGGCUUUACCUGAAGGCAAGAGGGCCGAGUACCGCCUCCUCAAAGAGGAGAUCGCCAGCAGGGAGAAGCAGAAGAUGAUAAAGGACCACGGUCCUCGGAGCUCCUCGUCCCCCUUCAUCUCCGACUCGGUGCCGGACCCGUCCGUCAAAGCGUCCGCAGAGCUGAGGGCGACCGAGGCGGAGCAGAGACUCAACAAGCACAGAGAGCUGCUGCAGAGGGACGAGACCGUCCUGAGACAUCUGCUCCACCAGGAGCUGAAGAAGAGGGACUCUCUGAAAGCUGCCGAGGCCAAAGUGGUGAAGCUCCGAGAGCAGCUGCAGGCGUCUGAGAAGAUCGUCAACGCCAACAAGACGCUACUGAAGAAGCUGCAGGAGCAGGUGCAUCGUGUGGAACAUCGGGUCUCCAUGAAGAAGUGUCUGUCCGUCCACUUGGAGCAGGACCUGUCUCAGGCUCAGCUGGCUGCAGGAAGAGGGUCCAAACGCAGAGCGGACUCCAACCAGACUCUGCCCAGUAAGUUGCAGCGAGUGGAUGUAGGUCUUCGUGGAUCCGAGCGCCACUUUGCUGAGCUGAUCGCUCAGAAGCAGCGUCUGCAGCAGCUAGAGUCUGAGUACGCUCUGAAGAUCCAGAAGCUGAAGGAGACCCAGGCCCUGUGCAACCGAGGACCCCCAUCAGAGCCUCCGCCGCGGGCCUCCACCCAAUCUGAGCCCCAGACCCUGACACCGACUCCCCCCUUCCCCCUGCCCCAGCCCUCCCUGCACGACCUGACCCAGGACAAGCUCACCCUGGACAGCGAAGACGUCCCAGAGGCCGAAGAUCAUGAAGCAGAACCAGCUCCUGCGUCGGCUAAAGCGACCCGCCGGAACUCCCUCCGUCAGUCCAGUAGCUCCUUCACCAAACCCAACCUGGAGCUGCUGAGCUCCAACCCCGCCAAAGAACCCAAACCCAACCUGGAGCAGCUGAGCUCCACCCCCGCCAAAGACCCCAAACCCAUCCUGGAGCAGCUGAGCUCCACCCCCGCCAAAGACCCCACCACCAAACCCGCCAAGGGCUCGGCUAGCUGCAGGUCUCCUGCAGAGAUGUUUGCGGGUCUGGACCUGGAGGCCCUGAAGCUUCGGUACCAGCAGCAGGCCCGGCUGGGAGAGCUGCUGCAGAAGGAGCUGCAGACGGUGGGGGGUCACGUCCACGGCCCCCCCACCGCUGGACAGGUGGUCUCAGUGGAGGUGGAGUCAGCCAACAGCCAAUUAGGGAGCUCAGAGCUGAAGCCUGUUCCAUAUGGACCCUAUCACAGUCCUCUGCUGGUCUUCAGGUCUUACAGGUUCAGUCCAUACUACAGGACCAAGGAGAAGUUGUCUCUGAGCUCCGUCUCAUUCAGUAAUGCGAUAGAAGCCCGGAGGAGUUUCUGUCGCUUUGACCUCACAGGAACCUGCAACGACGACGAGUGUAGAUGGCAGCACAUGAGGAACUGCACUCUGACUGGAAACCAGCUGUUCCAGGACCUCCUGUCCUACAACCUGCCUCUGAUUGGCUGCUCUGAAGUUAGCUCUGACGAGGACGUGGGCAUCUCCACAGAAAAGUACAUGAAGAAGUUGUUCGGCUCCAACAAAGACCGGAUGGGCGUCGACCAGAAGGCCGUCCUCCUCGUCAGCAAAGUGAACGAAAGCAAACGACACAUCCCCCCUUUCACCACCUGUAAAGACACCAGGACGUGGAGGCCGAAGCCAUCAGCACAGAGCAGCUUUGGCCCGGAGGACAACAGCGAGGAUGAGUCUGCAGGAGGACACCUGUCGACGAGGAGACACGACGGCGUCUGUAAAACCAGCCUCUCUGCUCUGGACGUUUGCGUCACAUCGGAGGACAAACGGUAUUUCGUCAGUGAGACGGACGACAUAUCGAACCUGGAGACCAGCGUUCUGGAGAGUCCUGGAGACCCUCAGCUGUGGAUCAAGUUAGCCUUCAAGUACCUCAACCAGAACGACACGUCUGCAGCAGAGUGUUUGGAAGCAGCCUUGAACACGUUGUCUCGAGCUCUGGAGAGUAACUGUGAGAACCCUGAGGUGUGGAGCCACUACCUGUCCCUGUUCUCCAGGAGAGGCAGCAGAGAGGAGGUCCAGGAGAUGUGUGAGAUGGCUGUGGAACACGCUCCAGACUACAAAGUGUGGUGGAAUUACCUGAAGCUGGAGAGCUCUUUCGAGGGGAAGGACUACGUGUGUGACCGUCUACUCCGGUUUCUGGUCUCUGAAGCUUCUCCUGCCGUGACUGACCGACUAUCCUUCCAGCUGAUGGAGGCUCUGCUCUACAGAGUCCAGCUCAACCUGUUCACAGGCCGCAUGGAGAGCGCUCUGGCUAUCCUCCAGAACGCUUUGAAGUCGGCCCACGACAGGAGCAUCGCCGAGCAUCUGAGGGCCAGCGACCGGGCGCUGCUGUGGCUCUCCUACAUCCACCUGACGGAGUUCGACCGGCUGCCGGCCGGCCUGCUGGACCCGGCCGAGUCCGGUCCGUCCCGGCUGGUCAGCAGAGAGUCCUUCCUGCUGCCCUGGAGGACGCCGCAGGAUGUCAGCACGCCGCUCCACAUCCUGGUGGCUCUGUUCAGAGACGCCGUCCAUCAGUGCACCGAUGAGUCUCUGACUCUCAGCCAGAGGACGAUGGCCUGCCUUCCUCUUCACACCAACCUCAUCUUCCUCUACAAGCUGCUGGACAGGUGUGAUGAGGGCGUGGCUCUGUGUCGGUCUCUGCUGGAUCUCUGUCCCGAGUCCUGCGCCCUGAGAGACGCUCUGGCCGACCUCCACAUCAGGCAGGGAGACCUGGAUCAGGCGGUCAGCAUGUGGCUUCACGCUCUGGCAGAGUGUCCCAACAAUGCUGAGGUCUUCUACCACUCCUGCAGGUUCCUCAUGGCUCAGGAGAAGUCCGGUGCCAUCGCUCCUCUGUUCCGAGGCUUCGUCCUGUCUCUGUGUGAGGACCAGCAGAGCCAGAAGAAGCCGGUGGACGUUCUCAGACACGUCCUGGGUUUCCCCACCGAGGAGCUGCUGAGAGGUCCCAUCAUCAGGGAGCUUCAGGAGCAGCUGAGUCAGCAGAUGUCCUCCCUCCACCUCAUCCACUGUCGCUGGCAGUGGCUUCACGGCUCUGUAGACGAGACGGUGGACGCCUUUGAGAGAGCUCUGGGGUCAACUAUGCAGCUGGAGGAGCUUCAUAAACUCUGGAUGGAUUACCUGGUGUUCAGCAGCAGUCAACAGUCCAACCAUCAGUCCAAACUGUUCUCAGAUCUGGUCCAUCGCUGUCUGAGCACCGUCCCGUCUCGACUGGAGGUUCCCUUUAACCCAGCAGAGUUCUGGAGCUGCUACAGCUUCCACAACAAGGUGGUGACUCUCUACCUGAGCUGUCUGCCGCAGUCCCAGCAUGCACUUGUCCUAGAGAGACUGAGAUACGCCAUGCCCAACAACACUGAACUGGGCCUGAGGUUGCUGCAUCAGGAGUGGCAGGACGGAAACAUUGAACACUUGAAGUUCCAGGUCCGGAUGUUGAGCAGUCAGGCUCCAAAGUGUCUGGCCUACUGGGAGAUACUGAUAGCUGUGGAGAGGGAGCUAAAGAAGCCAUCUGAGGUUCGACUUCUAUAUCAGCAGGCUCUUCAACACCUCCCACUGUGUGCUGCCCUGUGGAAACAUGUAAUUUACCCUUCACUUUCUCUGUUACUCUCAUCACUCGCACACAUAACAGACCCGGGUCAGUCCACUCGGCCACUUCCUGUGUCUCAGGUGGGAAAGUCCCGGCUCCCGGUUAAGGAUGUAAUAUAUGCACCCUGUGUCUUCUCCUAUAGCCCCGCCCUGUUCACCUGAGACACAGGAAGUGAAGGAGUGAAUGUUUACACCUCACCUGUAUACACGCAUGUUCACCUGCUGCCCUCCCCCAUCCUCACCGCCUCUCUCCCCCUCCCUUCCUACUCUGUCUUUGCCCCCCUCCUCUUGUCGUCUCCCC